AAGUAAGAGUCAUUUAGUUUUAUCAAAAAUGAAUCUAAGGGAACUUUUUAUUUCUACAUUAAUGACUACGGAAGAUAUUUUUAUUUUCAUUUUAUACUGCGCAAUCGAAUAAGAUAAGAGGUCAAAGAUUACCGGCCUUCCAAAAUUUACUACUCAAACGUGUUACGAACUUUAUCUGGAGCGACCGAAUUUGUCCAAAAUGUGGCUUAAAAUAUUAUUUCUUUCGAUUUUUGUGAUUGGCAGUAUGUCUGCCAUCGAUCUAGGGGGAGUUAUAUCAGGCAACAGAAUGGCUGGUGUACCUCUCGGCAGGUCGUUGGGUAACGGAGAGGUGGACGUGGAAGGUAUAUGCCGGGAGUCUGGCAUGACUUGCCAGAACUGCACCCAUGCUAUCACGUGUGUCGCUCUGCCAGUGGGAUGGCUUAAGGUGCCACUACACCAAUGCCCUGGAGAUCAGACUUGCAACGCUCAUUUGAAGAAGUGUAGCUCGGAAGCCGUGCCAGAGUGUGAUGUCGUCACACAGAAGUAUCAGCAUACUUGUGAACAGGUGGGAAUCUUCCCUGACGCAUUCGACUGUAGGAAGUUCCACCUCUGUUCUCCACCAGAAGGUUUGCCAGACGGUAGACCAGCAGACCACAGAGUCGCCUUGUGUCCCAGACAUUAUGCUUACGAUCCACAAACUGCACAGUGUUCGGUCCUUCUUCCCAACGGUCAAUGCACCAGCAAACCCGUCCCACCUUGUUCUAAAGUCGGCCAAGCAGGUUCUCUAUCAACCAGCCCUAAUCACUAUUACGUCUGUCUUUCGAAGCAAGGGUCUCUCACCCCGCAAAUCUUCAUCUGUCCUCACGGUUGGGUGUUCAAUGAAGGCUUCUGUCGUCCUAAACCUGAAAAAGAUGAGGCAAUCGUCAAAUUUGAUGACAUGAUUAAAGACGAUGAAACAACUACCGUCGCUGUUGACACAACACAAAAAUCAACAAUGAGCAGAAUGGAAGCGUUCUUUUCUACGGAUAAACCGGUCACGUAUCCAGCUGAUACUUUCUUAGCUGAUAAAUUCGAUUUAUCCAAUUACGAAACAAUUGAUGAGACGCCCACUGCGAAUGAUCUGCCCAAUUCGUUUGAAACUGAUAGUGAUUUUUGGUAAAGUUUCUAAUAAAUAUAUUUGUAUGGAAUUAAGAGUUGUAUAGCAUUAAAGAGCAUUAAAUUAGGUUAUAAAUAAAGUUAAGCAUUUAUGUUAA